GAGGAGGAGGAGGAGGAGGAGGUCGGCGCUAGGACCGCGGCUCCGCCUGUGAGUAAACCGGAGCAGAGCGGCAGGUCCCCGGCAGGCAGGCAGACAGACAGUCCGACCAUCAGCUGGCCGUCGGGCCGCAGACGGACCUGAUCCAGCCGGGCUCGCCUCCGGAGCCCUGCCUGUGGGCUCAGCACCAUGCGGAGGAUCCGGGCCAACGCCAUCGCCAUUCUGACCGUCGCGUGGAUCCUGGGCACGUUCUAUUACCUGUGGCAGGACAACAAGCCCCCGUCGACGCCGUCAUCUGCGUCUCAGAUCCGCGGCCGGGGCCAGAGGCAGAGGGGGGUCCCCGGCCGGCUGGAGGUCCACCGAGAGGACCGGACCAUCCCGCUGAUUGUGACUCAGCCCCCACAAGCCGAGCAGCAGGUCCAGCUGUUGGUGGGCUUCGAUGAGAAGGCCUACCUGGCAGCUAAACAGCUCAAACCAGGAGAUGACCCGUACAAAGAGCACGCCUUUAAUCUGCAGGAGAGCGACCAUCUUGGCGGCGAGCGAGCCAUCCGAGACACGAGACACUACAGGUGUGCAUCACUGACUUAUGACGCCGACCUUCCCUCCACCAGCAUCAUCAUCACUUUCCACAACGAGGCUCGCUCCACUCUCCUCCGAACCAUCAAAAGUGUUUUGAUGCGAAGUCCUGCAGCUCUUAUUCAAGAAAUCAUCCUGAUCGAUGACUUCAGCUCUGACCCUGAGGACUGCCAGCUGCUCGCUCACAUCCCCAAAGUGCGCUGCCUGAGGAACAGCCGGAGAGAGGGUUUGAUCCGGUCACGAGUGCGAGGAGCCAACACCGCCUCUGCCUCUGUUCUGACCUUCUUAGACAGCCACUGUGAGGUUAACACUGACUGGCUGCAGCCCAUGAUCCAGAGAGUCAAGGAGGAUCAUACACGAGUGGUCAGCCCCAUCAUUGAUGUCAUCAGCUUGGAUAACUUCGCCUAUUUGGCUGCUUCUGCAGACCUGAGAGGAGGAUUUGACUGGAGUCUCCACUUCAAAUGGGAGCAGAUUCCUAUUGAGCAAAAAAUGGCGAGAAGUGAUCCUACACAGCCGAUAAGGACUCCUGUCAUUGCUGGUGGAAUUUUUGUCAUGGACAAGAACUGGUUCAACCAUCUGGGCCAGUAUGACACACACAUGGACAUCUGGGGAGGGGAGAACUUUGAGCUUUCGUUCCGGGUCUGGAUGUGUGGAGGAAGUCUGGAAAUUCUCCCCUGCAGCCGUGUGGGACACGUGUUCAGGAAACGGCACCCGUAUGACUUUCCAGAAGGCAAUGCCCUUACCUACAUUAA